UAAUCAUUUAUAAUUUUUCAAACAUUUCUCUGUUUUUAUUGAAAAAAUUAAAUCCAUUUUAUCGCAUAAGAUAUUGUAUUUCAAUUAUAAAAACAAGUAUAUAUAAAUUAAUGUUUGUAAUAGGAUAUCAACUGUAUUAUGCGAUAUGAAUAUACUUUAUAAUUAUAAAAUUGUAAAAAUAGAAAUAAAUUAUCCGAAAUUUUUGACGGCAUUGCAAAGAAAUUUAUGUUAUUAAAGUUAAAAAGGAAAUUAAUACAUAAUUAAAAUUUUUUAAAAAUGGACACCUAAUAUGGCGGUAUCUUCUAUACACAAUGUGAAAUGUUUAUAACCUCCUACGAUAUUUUGGCAGCGAAAUUUGUAUCAAGCAAUAUUAUUAAUAUUUACUAAAGUACGUGUUCAUAUAAGUCAGGACAGGGGUGAAACAAUUAUGAUUUCAAUAAAAUUUUACUUAUAUAUCAAAAAUAUAAGGUUAAAUAAUUUCGUACUUAAACAUGUGCGAAUGAAUGUUCCAAUGAAUUGUUUCAAUAAACAAUGUACACAUUAUAAUUUUCCACAAUUGAACAUGGUUAACAACUUCUCUACGACAAGAAUAGUAUUAAAAAGUAAAGAUCGAGGUACGGAUAAGAAGAAACCACGAAUUGUGGACAUUAGCCCCAGUGAAUUGGAAGAGGUUGUGAAUGUAGAACGUAUGAAGUCAGAAUUUGAUAAAGUGAUUGAAGAUUAUAAAGAUACCUUGGUAAAAAAUGUAGGUGUUCGUUCUAGUAUAGGUGCUAUUGAAGAAUUACCUAUAAUAUAUGAAGGAAAAGAAUAUGAGCUUCAAGAACUGGCAGAAAUUAGUCGAAAACCUAAACUGGUAGUAAUUGAUGUAUCUGUUUUUCCUCAAAUAGUUCCAAGCAUUAUGGAUGUUCUAUUAAAGUCUAACAUGAAUUUAAAUCCACAACAAGAGGGUACUGUACUUUAUUUACCAAUACCUAAAGUUACUAAGGAACAUAGGGAAAAGUUAGCAAAAACUGCAAAAGCAUAUUUUAUGAAGUCUAAGGAUAAAUUUACUGAUGUACGGAACAAAUAUAUAAAAAAAGUAAAAGGAAAAGAGAAUGCUUCUUCGGAGUUAAUUUUUAGAGUAGAAACUUAUAUAAGCAAUUUAAGUCGUGAGUAUAUUAGUAAUGCAGAAAAGUUAUUGGAAGCAAAGCAGAAAGAACUACGAGGAGAAUCAUAAUAAUCAUUCUUGUAGUAUUGCAUAUAAUUUAUAUUAAAAUUGGAUUACAUAUAUAUAUGAACUAUGCAUAUGGAUUUGUAUAUUAUUAAAUUAAUUCUAUUUCAAUAACUCUUUCUCUUUAUAUAAAAUUUAAUUUUUAUCUUUUUUCACUUUGUUUUACCUAAGACUUUUGUGAAAUUGAUUAUUUCAAAUCUAGAUUUAGCUAUAUUUGUCGAUUAAGUAUUAUUUCUAACAUAUUGUAGAAGAGCAUUGCAUAGGGUUCGAGAAGCAGUUUCUAAAAUCUCUUUUUUAUGAAAACCUAUACUCAGUCGUAAAUAAUUCUGACAAGUUUUUCUGUAUGAAAAUCUUACUCCUGGUAUAGCUGAUAUUUUAUGCUCUGUUUGACACCAUUUAAUAAAAUUAUUACCAUCCAUUCCUAUAGAAAAUAAUAUUUAUCAUGGUUAUGAAAAAAUUAUACUUGGUAAUGUACAUUGUACAUGCCUGAUGGAAGAUGAAUCCAUACAAAGUAACCACCUUCUGGUUGUUGGAAAAAACAGCAUGUUGGU